AUGAUUGAGGGCAUCUCAGACGACGUCAUUCCCGGCCUCGAGAUCCCGACCGGCACGCCCCUCGUGUAUGAGCUGGACGCGGACCUCAAGCCCAUCGCCAGCCCGCUGGCCGUGGAGCCCCUCAAGUUCGGGCGCUACCUGGGUGAUGCCGAGAAGAUCAAGGCCGCGGCCGAGGCGGUGAAGAACCAGACCAAGGUCGGCUGA